GCGCGCGAACGGGGAAACAAGGAAGACGGAAGAGAGGACGUUCAACAAACUUGACAACUUCUAGCUGACUGGCUAGAAAUACAUUUAGCUGAUAUGUAACGGCAAAAGUGGCGACUUGUUUGUGUCCAGAUAGAGAUAGUUAAUUAAACACGGAGUCACCGCUGUCUGAACUCGACACGCGACCCGACCGGCGGACUCCGGUAGUUUUAAAACAGACGUUGCACUUGCUCAACCAGUCGACCCGAACCAGCCUCCCACCGCCACAAACUCCCGCGUAGUCUAUGUUACAGAGAGCUGCCAUCAGCGGCAAGCCGAGCUAACGCCACACACGACCCGGUCACUGACUCCAGCCAACUCGGGCUUUUCCCCCCUCCAGGUGUGGAAAAGUUGUCCGCGGCGGUGCUUUAGAGGAGCCGAAGAGGCCUGCGGCGGAGGAGGCUGCAUGUGUGAGGAGGAGCGCCGCUCAGAACGACGUUAGCUGCGGACAAACAUGUCGGCCCAGGCGCAGAUGAGAGCGAUGCUGGACCAGCUCAUGGGCACCGGCAGAGACGGUGACACCAUGCGGCAGAGAAUUAAAUUCACAGAUGAGCGAGUCUGCAAAAGCCAUCUAUUGGAUUCAUGUCCUCAUGACAUUUUGUCAGGCACUAGAAUGGACCUGGGAGAGUGUAUAAAGGUUCACGACUUGGCCCUCCGAGCAGAUUAUGAGAUUGCAUCGAAGGAGCAGGAGUACUUCUUUGAGCUUGAUGCGGCUGAACACCUUCAGUCCUUCAUUGCUGAUUGUGACCGCAGAACCGAGCUGGCCAAGAAGAGACUCGCCGAGACACAAGAUGAGAUCAGCGCUGAGGUGGCCGCAAAGGCUGAGCGUGUUCAUGAGCUGAAUGAAGAGAUCGGGAAGCUGCUGGCCCGGGCCGAGCAGCUGGGAGGCGAGGGGAAUGUCGACGAGGCCCAGCAGAUCCUGGAAAAGGUGGAGAAGACCCGGGCUUUAAAGAAGGAAGCUGAGGAUGUUUACAGGAACUCGAUGCCCGCCUCCAGCUUUCAGCAACAAAAACUGCGAGUGUGUGAGGUGUGCUCGGCCUACCUGGGUCUCCACGACAACGACCGUCGUCUGGCCGACCACUUCGGGGGCAAGCUGCACCUCGGUUUCAUUGAAAUCCGUGAGAAGCUUGAAAAACUCCGGAAAGCUGUUGUAGAGAAACAAGAAAGAAUGCGAAUGAAGAGACGAGAGGAACGCGAAAGAGAAGACGAGAGAGAGCGACAGUGGGAGCUGGAGCGGGAGCGAGAACGUGAACGCGAGCGGGAACGAGAGCGAGAACGCGAGAGAGAAUGGGAGAGAGAGCGGGAACGGGAGCGGAGGAGGUCAAGAUCUAGAAGUGGAGACCGUUACAGGGACGGAGGCAGUUCGUCCUCCCACCGCUCCAGACGCCACCGCUCCUCUCGCUCCAGAGAAGAAGGAAACGAUCGGGACCGGGACAGAGAGAGGAAACAUCGACACAAGGACAGACAUCGUUCGCGCUCUCACUCCCACAGGCACAAAAGGAAGAGGUCCUCCAGAGAAAGAUCGUCUCACACCCGCGACCGGGAGCCGUCGCCGUCCCAGGAGAGGUGGCGAGAGGGGGCCGCAGAGGGGAUUCGCAACGACAGAGCAGAGUGGGACGACAGGGAGCGGUCCAACUCUCCGGACAUGGCCAGAGGCCGCGAGCGAGAGCGAUCGCUGUCACUGGAGCGGGACAGACGCUCCAGCUCCGAGGAGCGAGAGUCCGGGGAGAUAUGAACAAGACGGGAGGGGAGGGAG